AUGAACACUUGUAUUGCCUGCGUUUCCCUGUAUCAUGCAUCUACAACAGCUAUUACGCAGAGCUCUAGGGGCCAGCCCGACGCCGACUUCGACCCCUUCGGGCUGGAUCGGUUCCUGAGCGAGGCCAAGAGGGCGGACAAGUCCACCCGCAAACGGGACCACCACGACCGGCACGACGCGCACGGCAAGAAGCGCCGCGAC